GGGCAGUUCGAGGAGCAACGCCGCCGCAGCGUGAACGAAGGGAGCUAAACGCUCUCUUUUGACUACCGUUACCUAGCGGCAGCUAAGCCAGUACUCAUCUAGGGGCACACAGGUACGUGAAAUCUGCGAGAAGAGCUUGGUGGAAGCAACAGGAAGAGAAAGUGUACGCAGAGGAAGCGUGCUGUCAGUGCGGGACGGUGUAGUUCCUAGCCCGUUGCUUAGCGUUCUCUCCCGAAGAGCUCCGCGCAACUAUGGAACCAAGCGAAAUAAAGUGAAGCUCUUUGCUUCCAGGAUCUGGACAUGUAGUGUGUCAGGACCAGGUGCAUGACGGAUGAGGGCUUCUGUCGUUAAGUAUAUUGACACGGCUUACUCCCGGCCCGCCAGACAUGGUGAUCAAAGGCUUCAUGGUCCACAGGAUAGCCCGAACUGCAGAUUCAGAAAAGGCAAAAGGUACAGGGAGUUCUCCACAAUCCUGACUAUGGUUUACAUAUCACCAGUGGCUGACCAUAAUCAAGCUCUUGAGAUACAGCAUGAUGCCAUUUCCAAACAAGAAACAGUUCAUUCUGAUCCAUUUCAAAUCAUAAUCAGGGAGAUCAACCAGGCUUAUUUGAAGAAAUCCCUGCCCAAUUAUCAUCAGCAAAUAACCUGUAACACCAAAGGUCCCAACACACUGGUCCACUGUUAAACUAAGAUAAGGAAUGCCUACCGUUCCAUGCCCAGACCGUUUUUGGUAAUUCUGAACACUUGGCUGUCCUGUUCCUGCCUGCAUACAGGCAGAGGCUCAAGAGCAAAGCUCCAGAGAUUAAGACAACAAGGGUGUAGUCACGGGAGCCAGAGAAACAGCUAUGGGAUUUCUUCGAGUUGGUGUACUUGGCCAUGUACAAGGACUCAUCUGUGGAUCUGAAUGAAUACAUCAUGGUUGUCACGGACUUUAUAUUGGAAAAAAGUGUGUCCCCACAAAAUCAUUCAGCGUCUUCGCCAGCAAGAAGCCCUGGGUGGACCAUGGGAUCUGCAAUCUGCUCAGGGCCCAAUUAGAGGCAUUCAAAUCUGGUAACCAAAAGAAUUUAAAGAUGUCCAGAUAUGCUUUCUGGAAAGCCAUCUCAUGAGAAAGUGGCAAUUCCAGACUAAACCUGAAUCAUGAAGGAUGCUUGACAGUUGUAGCAGGGCUUGAAUGUUAUCACCUCUUAAAAAGUGAAAUGAUGCAACAUAGGUGACAGCAGGGGUUCACUUCCAGAGGAGCUUAAUGCCUUCUGUGCUUGCUUUGACCAUCAAAACAUGGAGGAACCAUCAUGAACUCCCACAGCUCCUGAUGAUCCUGUGAUUUCAGUCUCUGAGGCUGAUGCAUGAACAGCCUACAGGAGGGUGAACCCACGAGAAGCAUCCAGCCCAGAUGAGGUAUCAAGCCAAGUACUAAAGACCUGUGCUGAUCAACUGGCUGGAGUGUUCAGUGUGACCUUUAAGCUCUUGCUUUUGCAGUCUGAGGUACCUACCUGCUUCACUUAUACCCGUGCCGAAGAAGAACAUGGUAAUCUGCCUCAAUGACGAUCGUCCAAUAGCAUUUACAUUCACAGUGAUGAAGUGUUUGAGAGGUUGGUAAUGAAACAUGUAAACACCUGCCUGAGAUGUGACUUGGAUCCGCUGCAAUUUGCCUACCAGCACAAGAAGUCAGUAACGGUUGCCAUUUCCUGGUUCAUCACUCAAACAUGGAUCAACUGAACAAAUUAGAUGCAGAUAUCAGAAUGCUCUUUAUCGACUACAGCUCAGUAUUCAAUACCAUCAUCCCCUCAAAACAAAUCAAUAAACCAAGUUCUCCGCUGAAGCACCUUCGAUAACUCCAAAAGACUGAGGUUUGGUAAAAAUACUGAAAGGCUUUUAUUCGCUGUACAAUACGACCUCCAUGGUGAGUGUCUGCCCCCAAACUGAGGGGGAGGGGCAAGACGAACACCUUUAUACAGGACUCUGUGGGAGGAGCCACAGGAGCAGUCAGCAGAGGGGUGUGUCCAGACAGUUAACCGUAUUACAACAUAUAUAUGGUUUACCACAUUCACCCCUCCUUUUUUAAAAGAGUCCCGCGGGGUGAAGUGACUGACAAUAUUUAAAACAAGCAUAUUUACAGGUCAAGUCUAUCAGACGGUCGAGUCCGUCGCUGUGAUCUACGUAGCACCGGUGGUGAUUGCAUCAGCGACGGCGGUUGUGCUGGCUCCAGCCUGACUUGAGGUCCCAGCACGUUAGGCGUCGGUAAUCCCUCGUGCGUGUGCGUCGCGCCCGGUAUGGGAGUGUCGUGUGGUGUCUGUGUAGGACUUGGAGUGCGCAGUGUCUCAUGGAUUAGAGUUGCUCUGUAGUGAAAACCUGAUCGGCUAAGUGGAAAGGAAACUGUGGACGAGCAAGUUCAACCUGCGAACUGAAUCAAAAUGCUGUGCGUAAAAUUCUGUGGUCUCAGGUGUUGUCAUCUCAGGUGCAAGCAAUCUAAAUGGAUAAUCACAGGAAUUGCCUCACUGGUGACAUUGUUCCUUCUUAUAGCCCAUGACAAAGAUUCUAUAAACCAAUUCGAAAGCUUGGAACUCUUUGAAGAGGACCCCAGAUAUUAUGUAAACUGUACAAGCAUUAUUAGUGGAAAUGAAGAGGCAAUACAAUUAGCUAAGCUUCAAACAAUAUCAAAGGAAUUUCAAAAUCGACAAGAGCUGGGUGAGAAAGAUUAUAUAAACUUGACCAAGCACUGUGAUAACUUCAUUAAAUUACAAAAAUAUAUCACAUUUCCACUUAGUAAAGAGGAAGAAGAAUUUCCAAUAGCAUAUUCAAUAGUAAUCCAUCAGAGAAUUGACAUGUUUGAAAGACUUUUACGGUCUAUAUAUACACCUCAGAAUUUUUACUGCAUUCAUGUGGACCAAAAAUCACCUGAGGUCUUCAAAGAUGCAGUAAAGGGCAUUGCUUCAUGCUUCGAUAAUGUAUUUAUUGCCAGCCAGAUUGAGGCUGUAGUCUAUGCAUCCUGGAGUAGGGUUCAGGCAGAUUUAAACUGUAUGAAGGAUCUCCUACAAAAGAAUUCAAGAUGGAAAUACUUAAUUAAUCUUUGUGGCAUGGAUUUCCCCAUAAAAACCAAUCUAGAAAUAGUGGAAAUACUCAAAGCCUUAAAAGGAGCAAAUAGCCUAGAAACAGAAAAGACCAUGCCCCAUAAAGAAGUCAGAUGGAAAAUGCAACAUAUUGUACAAAAUGGAGAGAUAAAAAAUACAAAUACUAAAAAGGAAGCUCCUCCAAUUGACUCACCAAUGUUUUCAGGAAGUGCCUAUUUUAUUGUUACAAGAGAUUUUGUGGAAUACUUAUGGAAAAGCUCUAAAAUACAGAAGUUUAUUGAAUGGGAAAAGGACACUUAUAGUCCGGAUGAACACAUGUGGGCAACACUGCAAAGAAUGCAUGAUGUCCCUGGGUCUGUCCCUGUCAAUGACAAAUUUCAUGUGUCUGACAUGAAUGCUAUAGCAAGACUGGUAAAAUGGAGCUACCUUGAAGGUGAUAUUUCCAAAGGGGCACCUUACCCACCCUGCACUGGUACACACAUCCGUGCAGUAUGUGUUUAUGGAGCAGGUGAUCUGAAGUGGAUGCUACAGCAGCAUCACCUGUUCGCCAAUAAAUUUGAUACAGCAGUUGAUAGUAUUGCAGUUCAAUGCUUAGAGGAGCAUCUAAGGCAUAAAGCUAUUUCCAAUCUGUUAACUUAUGCAUAAAUAUUAUCUCCCAAAACACUUAAGAAAAUGAGAGGAUACUCUUAUUUUUACGGAUUUAAUUUAGUGACGAUCAUCAAAGGGCCAUAUUAAUUUUGCAUCAAAGAACCUAUGAUUUGGUUCAGAAGAAUUGGGCAAGUUGUCAGGUUGCACAUUCUGAGGUGGAUCUUGAGCUUCCAUGCUUCCUGCUUAUGCUCACAGCCCUUUGACAGCCCAAACAACCAAAGAACUCAAAUAUUGCUCAAUAUUAAUGAUGAUUGGUGAUAUUUAAAAAUUGUUGAUAUUGAUACUUACUAAUAAUUCCUGAUGGUGAUGGUGUUAAAGAAGAAACUAAUGUUCACUCCCUAAUUCCUUCUCAAGGAGCUAAGUUGAUGGAUAGGCUUCGCUUCUUUUUGGUGACAGUACUGGCAAAUUGAAGUAAUCAAGCUAAUCAAGCGAGGGGUAAAGGGGAAGAUUUUUUUUUGUGAAAAACGGAAUGAGAAGUUCUCCUCUUGCUCCCCCUACCCGGAUGUAAUGCUAUAUGGGCUUCUAACUGUUCCUCUAAGUUAUCUACUGUACACUUUCUUUGAACUGCUAUAUUUCCUGAGGUCCAGGAAGAAGUUUUGUAUGGGUUAACCAUGCGAUAAGAUAAAGUGAAGAUACAAGCCUCAUACUUAAUCAAUCAAACAACACAGCUCCUGGGAUUAAGUAGUCAACUGUUCCACCACAAUUGAACCUGAAAGAGAGCAGAUUGAGUUAAACUUGAAGUUUAAAAAAAAUUAAUCACACUUAACUUCAGCUUACCUAUUUUGGAUUUUAAUGCUGUCAAUAUAGCGCCAAAAUACCCCUACCCCAAAGAAAUAGCAAAUGAAAGUUUUAUGGUCAUUUCUUGUACUUUCAGACAUACUGAACAACAGGGGUCCCCAACCUUUUUUGCACCGCGGACUGGUUUAAUAUUGACAAUAUUCUUGCGGACCGGCCAACGGGGUGGGGGGGGGGUGUUAAUCAUGACCAGAAUAUAGGUGAUAAGUCAACUAUAAGUCAUUUAUAAGUGGCUAAUACACUCAAUUUCAUUUCUAAAAGGGUUUAUCUAAUGAAUUUAAUAUUAAACACACAGCGCAUAUUUUCCUGGCAUGAAUAUAGUGAUAGGUCAAUAAUAAGUCACUUAUAAGUCAAUAGCAUCAUGACAUUUUAAGUAACGUUUGGACAUUAAGCACACAGCACAUAUUUUCGUCGUACAGUAUGAACGUAUAAAAUCAUUGCAACACACCAAUAUCGCUGAAUCAGUGGGAGCCCUGGGCUUGUUUCCCUGCAACAAGACGGUCCCAUCGAGGGUGCUAGGAGACAGCGAUACUCGAAGGGGGAUCCUUACAUCCCGUCUAUUCCGCAAUUUAGUUUUCAUUUCAUUCGUUGCAGAAAACCCAGCUUUGCAACGUUUUCAGUGCUUUCGUGGCUAUCUCAGGAUAUUUAGCCUUGUCUUUGAUCCAGAAUGCCGGCCCCCGUCGUCAUUUGCAAGCGCGAGGAGUUGAUCUUCUCGCGCUGACAUGGAUGACGCGUGGGUAAUGAUCUCGCGUGCGUUCAAGUUCAACAGUGAGCGUGACAGGGAAUGAGGAAAGGUGCAGAUGACUCAUAUUGUUUCAUAUUGCCAAAUCAUAUUGUUUCUUCACGGCCCGGUAGCACAUGCUUUGCGGCCCGGUGGUUGAGGACCACUGCUGAACAACAUAUCAAAAGUUGGACAGAAACGGAGCACGGGAAAGUAAAAAAAUCUGAUGUUAAAAAAAAGCUGCCAGUGAAAAGAAUCAGACCCAUACCUGUCUUAUUUUGCUAUAUUUCACUGUUUAUAACAAUGGUAGUGCCAUAAUUGUGGUAUAAAAUAUGAACUGCUUGGGAGCUUCCAUACCUUCAUGAAUUUGUUGGGUGCCAUCAGAACUUUGAUGGAUGGCAGGAGAUCCUGGAGAUGGUGUACGGUGAAAAUGCCGUUGUACACAUGAUGAGCGGAAAGGCGGUGCAACGAGCGUUUUGUGGGCACCUGCUGGUGGGUCAGUGUCUUACACGUCAGAUUAUUGCUAAAAGCAUGGAGAUGACCCUGGUUUUCAAGACCAAGUGGAGGAACUAGAGAGACUGUACACGCUGACGGAGACUGGCACAAGUGACUUAGACUCGUUGUUGAAAUCAGAUUGCAUUCGCAGGAUUGACAAAACUGUAACUCUCAAAAAGGAUGAACUGGUAGGGACCUGUAAAACAAGCACACUGUGGGUUAACUACCAGCACAUGGUAGGGAUUGCUAGGGCACUUGUUGUGGUCAAUUAAAUGGGGUCAUGGGAGAUGCAUCUCAGUGCCAUCUCAGCGCCAUCUCAGCUUGCUUGCCGAUAUUCACGGCUGCUGGCCAUCCGAAUUAUCUGAAGUCGGCUCAUCUCUAUCUCCAGAAGAUGCAUUCAUUGGAGGAUGACAACCCUGAGGUUCAUCAGAAGUUCCAGUCUGGGUUCCAUGUAAUCAGACGCAGCAGCCAAUACUGGGCUGGCCUUGGCUCUGAUCUCAUGAUAGAACAGAGACUAAUGCGCUCACUAAAAAGCCAAGGGGGCCUAACGCGAGGAACUGGGAUGUCAGAGCACCAGAGAGCAGUUUGGACUAUGUCUUUCACUGUGUCAUCCUCUUGCAACCUUGCCAUGCAAGAACUGACCGUGAAUAGUUACACAACAGCUGAACAACAUAAGGAGUUGUCCACCUCUGGAGUGAGUAGAGAUGAGGCUGACCUUGAAAAAGUCGCAGCAAAACUGGACUGUUUCACACCAUUUUUGGAUGAUAAAUCAUUGCACAACAUCAUCACAGGGGUUUAUGCAAAUGAGAAUGUACAUGACCUGGUCGCAAGAGGAAAUUACAUAGGAAGAUGGACAGACGCUCUGUUUUCUUGUAUUUGCACAAAAGGAGUUCAAAGGUCAAGACACUAGCAUCCAGCAGGGCAGUCAAAGUUGCUGAAGACCGUACCAUAGACCCAGCAUUGUUAUUCCAGAGGUUCCUAGUUGUGUCACAGACAGGUGAUCUCCAGCUAGACAAAGUGAUGAACUAUGAACUCUGUCCAUAUCCAAUGUCUUUGAAGCAAAGAACAUCUUGUGCCAGUCAGAUAUGCCACAACUGCCAGAAGCGAUAAAGAACUAUGUCACCUCCAAAUCUGACAAUGCUGUCACACAGCCGGUCCCAGUGACAGAUCACUAUGUUCUAGAUGGGGGGUCACUUCUGCACCGCUUAAAAUGGACGGAGGGGUGCACCUACAGUUCAACUGCAGAUGACUACGCCUCAUUCACUGUCAGACACUGCCAGAGCCACUGUAGUUAUGGGGUUGGGCCAAGCAUGAAGGACGGUACUCAUCAGCGUCAAAGUAGAAAUUUGAAUGUGAACAAGGUGAACAUUACAAGGGCCACAAAAUUUGUUGGAAAAAAGGAGGAUUUCUUUUUGAAUGAGGCAACAAGCAGGUAAUUAUCCAGCUCAUCAUGGAACAUUUGCGACAGAGAGGCUGCGAAGUGAUUCAAGCUGAAGGAGAUGCCGACAUUGAGAUCGCAAAAGCAGCGGUCACAAUGUCUGCUUUCAAAACUACCACCCUCAUUGGAGAAGACACAGAUCUCCUCAUAUUCUUGCUCUACCAUAUAGUGGUAACAAACUGCAGUGAACUCUAUUUCUGCUCAGACAAGGCGAAAUCAAAUGCUUAUAAUAUCAAGGUCCUUACGCAGAUGCUCGGAGAAGCAGCUUGGAAUGAUCUGUUGUUUCUCCAUGCCUUUACUGGAUACGACUCAACAUCCAGAGUAUUUGGGAUCAAAAAGAAGUGGGGGUUCCAGAGAAUCAUCAAGAAAGAAAAGGGAAUCAGGGAUUGUUUGAAAGCAUUCUGCUCACCAAAGCAAAGUCAGGAUGUUGUGGAAACCAGUGGCUGUAGGGCAAUGGUGGUGUUGUUCAAUGGAAAUCAGAACGACUCCCUGGCAUCUAUCAGAUACAAUACACUCUACAAGAAAUUUGCAACAGCUAAGACUUCUGUCGCACCUGAAAGACUGCCACCAACCACCUUGGCCUGUAAAUUUCACUCCCUGCUGACUUACUACCAGGUUAUGGAGUGGACGGGCUGUAGUAAUGAAAUGGAGCCGUCUGAGUGGGAAUGGAGGGUAGAAGGGGAAAAACUCGUUCCAGUGAUGACAGGCAAAAGGCCUGCUCCAGAGGUACUUAUUCGGAUGAUUCACUGCAACUGUUCGGGAGGGUGCAAUACGCUAAAGUGUACCUGCAGAAAGCAUGGGCUGGAAUGCACCAGUGCAUGUGGGCAUUGCCAAGAUGGCAACUGUGACAAUAUGACAAAUGAGCCAGUGAAAGAAGAGGAUGCUGAACAAGACUGCAUCUGAGAAGCCAUAAGGUAGCAUAUUAUGUGUCAUGACAUCAGUACUUAAUACCAGAGUUGUCCCUUGAUUACGUCAUUCAUGAUGUCAUGAUGUCAUGAUGUCAGUACAAAUGCAACUUUCAUUCCAGGAUCUACAGUUAUUUGAAAAACAUUGGUGAAAAGAGCACUUUUUAAAACAUCAGGUUUAAAAAAACUUGCAAUUUUGAUGGUUAUCAGUCAGAUUUUUGAUGUUUUUCUGCUGGUGGCCAUCUUGUUUUUGAUGUCCUUUUUGGAGACUUUCCCAUGUGUCAAAAUUGUCCAACUUUUGAUAUGUUGUUCUCCACAUCGAAUAGUACAAUAAACAAUCAUAAAACUUUUUUUGCAAUUUUUUGGGGUUAGGUGGUAUAUUGACUCAAUAAUUUGGAAUUAUUUCCAGGAUUCCCUAAAACUUAUUGGACCUAAACAUAAUCAUGAAAUAUAAGGAAGGAUUUUAAAAACAUCUCUCUCAUUCCCUUCUCAAAUUGACCUAAAGUGUUUUAGUUAAAGGAGAAAACAUCAGAUAGUAUUACUCGUUUAUUCAUUAAAACUAAACACAAAUUUUUGUUGCUUUUGAAAAUAACAUAUUUUUUGGUUACAAAGCAAGAGUUUAAUGUACUGUAAUUUUGCUUUCAGUAAAUCAGUUGACUUGGCCACACCGAUCUUUGCAACCUCACAUAUCCAGCUGAGUGCCACUUCUCACAGGCAAUGAAUAGUGCAAGGAAAUGUGAACUAUGGACCAAGCACUAGUAAAUGGGAUUCGUAUGGAUAGGAUUUGAUGGUUGCAAUAGACCCGGUGUAUUAAAGGGUCUGUGUUUUGCUGCAUGUCUUUAUGACUCAGGUCUCGGCCCUACCCAGAUUGCCUUGUGCUGCCAAAGGCCUUUUAACUCUGCUAAAGUUCAGAGACAUUUAAAAUAGAUAACUAUUAAUCUUUAUUUUAAAAAAGAAUUAAAGUUGAUAACCGAAAGUAAAUAAAAGAAUAAUGUUAGGUGAAUUAAAUAAUGUGAAGGAAACAGUUCAAACAAGAUUACAAAUGCUGUAGUCUGGAACAAAAAGAAUCUAAGUACAUGUUUGACCUGAACUGUCACCUCAUACCUUUUGCCUUCGCAGAUGCUGACUGACUUAUUGUUUUCUUUCAUGCCUAGAACAGUACAGCAAUUCAAACAUAUGGAAGCUAUGGCUGGCAGGAAUCUGAGCAGCCCGUGUAUAGAGCGCAUUAGUCCCCUCAGUUCAUUACGUCUGUGGUCCUCUCAGACUCAGUACCGAGUUCAACAUUAGAGCAGAAAGUCUGAUCCAUCAGCAUUGACCUCUAGCAUGCUGCUGACACUAAUAAAUAGAGACAAAUUAGGAAGGCACUAACCUGUAGAAGAGUUAUGACAUUGCUAAAAUAUGGCAAGUAUGUUUUUAGUCUAAUAAUAAUAAAGGUGAAUACACAUUUACCUUCCUAAUAUUUGCUGCACCUGCCUGCUGGAUACAAUGCAGUAUAUUAUGCAGUACUGAAGACCAUGUUGCACCAGAAUGUGGUCAUCUAACCAAGCAGAAGUACAGAACAAUUAAACUAGAUUAUACUUAAUUAAACUGUUAAUUAAACUAGUUAGUCAAACUAGAAGAACAGCACCUCAUAUUCUACCUAGAUAGUUGAUAUAAACAUUGAAUUUGCCAAUUUCUUGUGACCUGCUCUCUCCCUGUUUCUUUCUGUCCUGACCUACCCAACUUCUCCCGCAAGCCCCAUCUCCCAUUUACUUUGCUCAACCCCACCUACUCCAUCUGCCCAUCACUCACAUACUCAUUUCACUGAGUCCCUUCUAUCCAUUGUUCCCACUUGCCCACUAUAACUCAAUUAUUUGGAUCCUUGUCACCUUCCUUUCUUAUCAUAUUACAAAACCUACAAUCCUUUGCUGCCUUCAUCUAUCACCUCCAACCUCUAUGGCUUCCUUCAACUUACUCUCCUGCACUGACACCAUCUGCCAACCAACCCCUCCUCACUGGGAUCCGCCUACAGCAUCUCUUGCUAACACCUGAUCCACCUCACUGCCUCGCCUCUUUAUACUAGCAAUCUCCCCCUUACACUUUCAGUCCAAUGAGGGGUUUUGACCUGAAAUAUCAAACAUUCAUUUUCUCCCAUAGAUGCUGCCUUGUUCAUUAAAUUCUGCCAGUUAUUUAUGUUUCUCUC